CUCUCCUGCACAGCAGGAAUGUGAAAUGCACCUGAGCAGGAAGAAUGACUGCAGAAAGUUGCCAGUUCACCUGUUCAGGAGCAGGAGUUUACUUGGGACGUCGAAAAAAAGAAAAAAAAAGAAAAAAAAAAUCGGCAUUUGAUCAUUUCACAAAGUCGCAGCUUGUAGGUUAACCGGGAGCAGCAGGUAAACUUGGACUACAAUGGGUGAGUGCUGCCUGUCUCCUGAGGAAGAGGAAAAACUGAGGAUACACAGAGAAAUUGAGAGGCAACUUCGUCGCGACAAGUUAGCGUCUCACCGGGAGCUGAAGCUGCUGCUUUUAGGGACUGGUGAAAGUGGGAAGAGCACUUUCAUCAAACAGAUGAGGAUCAUCCAUGGCAAAGGAUACAGUGACGCUGACAGGAAAGGCUUCACUCGUGUGGUGUUUCAGAACAUCGUCACAGCCAUCCAGGCAUUGAUCAGUGCCAUGCAGACUCUUCAGAUUGACUACGUCGAUGACCAGAACAUUAGCUAUGCAGAAAAGCUGCUUAAAGUGGAGCCAACCUAUGUGUCCACUUUGGAGUCCUGGCAGGUGGACGCCAUUAAGAGAGUGUGGAAUGACCACGGAGUUCAGCGGUGCUUCGAGCGCAGACGGGAAUUCCAAAUAUCAGACUCUGCCAAAUAUUACCUGAACGACUUGGACAGAAUCACAGAGCCGUCGUACCUCCCCACCCUGCAGGACAUCUUGAGGGUCAGGGUGCCCACCACGGGCAUCAUAGAGUAUCCCUUUGAAUUUUCCAAAGUCAUCUUCAGGAUGGUUGAUGUUGGUGGGCAGCGUUCGGAAAGGAAGAAGUGGAUCCAUUGCUUUGAGGGCGUCACAUCCAUCAUUUUCCUUGCAGCCCUCAACGAGUACGAUCAGGUCCUCUACGAGAGUGAGAAUGAUAAUCGACUCCGCGAGAGCCUCGCCCUCUUUAAGACCAUCACCUCGUGGCUGUGGUUUCAAGAGUCCUCCAUCAUCCUCUUUCUGAACAAAACGGACCUGCUGGAGGAGAAAAUCCAACAAUCGCAUUUGAAAACCUACUUCCCGGACUACAACGGGCUUAAGCAGGAUGCCGAAUCUGCAAAAAAGUUCAUCUUGCAAAUGUACGUGGGGCUACACACCGAUCGUCAUAAACCACUUUACUCGCACUACACCUGCGCUACAGACACAGAGAACAUCAGGAUCGUCUUCAAAUCGGUCAAAGAUACGCUCCUCCAAGAAAACCUGGAACAGUUCAACCUCGAAUGACAGAGGUUAUUGGACCAUGUGAUGGCUUCUCUUUGGAGAACAAGAAAACUGGUUGCAAUCAUGUUGUAACAUUUUUUAUGGACGUUUAUAUGUUGUCAGCUGCAGCUUGUUCAGAAACAUCAAAGAGAGGCAUUUAGGCAGCAGCGUCAGGUAAGGUGCAUUUAUUUCAGUACUGUAACAGGCAUAAGUGCCAUUCUUUGCACCAUUACUUUAUCAUAAAUGGUAAAAUACGCACACUUCCUUCUGCUACAGGAGAGAAAUGUUAUCUUGAACUGUCACAUAGGAGUCCUUCUAUUAUGUUACUGUUUGAUGGAGAAUCGGCACAUGCCAUCAGAUUAGUUUAACAAAGUCUGGGCAGGAAUGUGGCCCGGCCUGCCUUUCAGCUCUGAGAGGAGCUGAAAGGCAGGCCGGGCCACCUCACAGCUCCUCACUGUGGGCGGGGAGGACAACAAUGUCUUUAGCUUUUACUGUUGUAAUUGGAUACUUUUAACAAACACUUUGCUUCUGAUCGGAUUUUUUUGCCCCACUAAUUUUCCCGAAAUAUAAAUGUUAAAGCCACAAUCAUGUAAUGUCUGUUUUUAUAAAGCUGAUUUAUGCUGCUCCCUCAUC